AUGAGUGAAUCAACCAACGCAGCUGCUGGCCCAAGCACCGGCGCCGCCACAGGAGCAGCAUCAUCUCCUGCCAGCGACGUUAUAAAGGCGCUCGGUAACAUGAUCAAGAGCCAGACUGGAGAGACAUACUCGACCGAACGCAUAUCCACCUUCCUCAUGCAAAACAUGCAAGCUCUCAUGAACCAAGGAAAGCUCACGCAGCAACAGAUCGCUAGUCUGAAAGAGUAUGCCGAUUCCCGCAAACCUCAGGCUAAUGGUGCCCCUCCUGUCGCUCCUCAAGCUGUUACGUCUGCUUUGGCCAACACGAUCAAGGCCGUCGCCACUCCCUCUCCUGCUCUGCAGGCCGCGAUUAAAUCUGGGAGCUCAGAAACUGGCAACAAUCUUCCCAACCUCGCGGCUACUUCAGUGGACUUCUAUCCAGCUAUCAGCCAGACGCUGAACACAACAAAUCCCGGACCUGUGCAGUGGCCUCAGACAAGGCCAACUCUGACGGGUGGUGUGGCUGCUGGCCGAAUGUCAGGAACCCCCGCUCAAAUUGCAAGACCGCCAGACGAUCCCGCUAUCUUGACUGCAGACGAUACCAGAACGCGUAGGAAGAGCACCCCAGGCGACCAGAGCAUGCGAAGGACCAUCCAGGACUUAGUUGCAAGUGUGGACCCGAACGUCAAACUAGAGCCAGAGGUCGAAGACCUUCUACUCUCCAUCGCCGACGAGUUCAUUGACUCAGUUACGAACUUCUCCUGUCGACUCGCGAAACACAGGGGCGGUGACACUCUUGAGAUCAAGGACCUUCAGCUGCAUCUAGAACGCAAUCACAACAUCCGUAUUCCGGGUUUCGCUUCAGAUGAAUCGCGGAUAUCUCUCUCACAAUCCACAGUUGCGCCAACGUAUGCGACUACAGCGAACAAGAAGGGCGGCCAGGGCACACAUAUGACCCUGCGGAGUCAGCGGCUUGCGCAGGUUCAACAGGCGAAGCGGGAAGCUAAGCUCAUGUAG